GAAUAGGGAUGGCAACUUUUUCACUUUCAACUUCUCAUUCAACUCCGCAUUCAACUUUUGUUGCCUGAAAAAUCGCCGCGUGCGAAAGGUCUAUUAUACUGAGCUAGACUAAAAUAAAUUGUUUAUUUCGAACAUACGAAAAAAUAAUAUAUAGUAUUCAAUGGAUACAGUCACUAUGCGGGUUGGAACUACCGAGGUUGUAGUGGAGAAUGUUGUAACUGCAGAAGAUGUGGAUUCAGCGCCCGUCCUUCGACUCCGCUUAAAAAAGCCUGGACCAGACCGACAAGUUGCCUGGCGUGAAGGCACAGUUGAUAAUGAAAAAAUGGGAAAGAAAAAAUCUAAGUGCUGCUGCAUAUAUAAAAAACCUGUAAAUUUUGGGGAAAGCUCUUCUUCUGAUGAAGAGGAGUGUGAACAUUGUUUUGGUCACCCUGAAAAGCGUCGCAAAAAUAUAGAAAAGCAUAAUAGUUCUAAAGAACCUGAACCAAGCAGUAGCAGUCUCUUCUACAGUUCCGAAAAAAUAGCUAUGAAAAUCCUUCACACUAAUCAGACGGAAAUUUCUACCCUCUUGAAUAGGAAGUUUGUUUUUUAUCAGAUAUAAAAUUCAAUGUCAAGUGUACUACUUUUCCAAAAAAUAUUUUUUUUUUUUUAUUUCAUUUAAUGCACGCUUAUAUCGCAAUACAAAUGGUUAUUACAAAUUAAACGAAA